GUCAAAAAUAUUAGGUUAUUAAACUUUCUGACAACUUUUUUGUUUACUAUAGAUUUUUCUAACUAAAAUCUUCAAUUUUUGUAUUAAAUUGUGUUGUAGUUUUGUUAGAAAUGGCAUCUCAGUUAAGCACAAAAGAAAAGCUGUUAUAUAUAAUCGAUGAUAUGGAGCUCAUUGCAAAGGAAAUCAUUGAGAAUGCUAUAGCUCCAAAAGGAAAUAAACUAUCCGGUCAGGAAUAUGCCCAACUCACUGAGCUACUAGUAGCGAAAGACAACGAAUUGAAAGAAACAUUAAAGCUUGCCAAAGAACAAGGACAAAUUAAUAAAAAGAUGGAUAUUUUAAAAGCGGAAGUUGAAAGACAAGACCAGGAUAUAAACAAUUUACAGAAGCAGCUUAAAGAAGCUGAACAAAUUCUUUCAACAGCUAUUUAUCAAGCAAAUCAAAAGUUGCAGAGCAUUGCAAGGGCCAAGAAAAGACCUGUAUCAUCUGAAGAACUCAUUAAAUUUGCUCAUAGGAUUAGUGCUUCAAAUGCUAUUUGUGCCCCUUUAACGUGGCAACAGGGCGACCCAAGAAGACCGUAUCCUACAGAUAUUGAAAUGAGACUGGGACUUUUGGGAAGAACUAGUGAUCCAAUGAACGGGCCUCUUUUCCAACAACAAAAUUCGAUGAGUGACUUGCACCGUGCUGGACAUCCUGGCGAAGUUCCGGCUUCGAAUCAGAACCAAUUUGCCUGGCAUCCAUCUGGUGAGAUGCAUAUUAGUGUUGGCCAAGGGUCAGUUCCGAUGGACACGCGGAAUCAUAAACAGGAGAAUGAAGAUGUGGAAGUUAUGUCUACUGAUUCGAGCAGUAGUUCUUCAAGUGAUUCUCAAUAGCAUAUUAAGCGUAGGAGUAAGAGAUUAAAAUAUGUAUAUUUUUGAUUUUUUAGUGUACUUAAUUGAAUCUGACAUUAAUAAGUUCCAGUUUCUGCCAUAUAUCAGUAAGAUCUAGCGCAUAAAAAAUAUGAAAUCAUAACGAUAUUUAGCAAAUUGUUAAUGGUUUUAUAUUUUUUUAUUGUAACUUUUAUUAGAUAUUUAUUACAACAGGACAUUUUUAAUUAAACUGGAACAUUUAUAAAUAAAUGUGGUUAUUUUUUUAUGCUCUCUGGAGGCACACAGUAUUGAUAUUUAAUUACCUCCUAAGUUA